AUGCCCCGUCUUGCUCCCCGUCUCAUAUGGUACUGCCGCCAACGCGUCUCUCCACAUGCGGCCUUGAUCCUACCCGUCUGCCGGGAUCUGGAGUCAGCAAAGAAUGAAGUUCGCUGGAUGAGGGAACACCUCCUCGAGCAACAAGAUGCGGGCCUGUCAACCGAAGGAGCAUCAUCUUUGAGCGGGAAGAAGCUGAAAAAUGAGGAGCAGAUCGAAAUCGAGCUCUUUCGUUUGUGCAAGGAGAGAGCGAAGGGAGUACCGCUGCAGUAUGUUCUUGGGAGCCAGCCGUUUGGGGAGCUGGAGGUGAGGUAGACCGACUCAGAAGAGUCGAGAUUAAACCCAGUAAAGGGGUUGGGCUCGGGGCUAGGGUUAAGGUCAGAGCCAGGCUUGAUGUCAGGGGAAGAAAAAGAUCCCAAGAGCAGAAAGUAUACCUUCACCAUCCACCAAGGCAACAUAUUCUCCCCUCUGUCCCCCUCCAUGCACCCUCCUGACGGCCAACCCAUUGAUUUACUGGUCUGCAACCCGCCAUACAUCUCCCACCGCGGCUUUGCGACCCAAACCACCCGCUCAGUGCGCAAUUUCGAGCCAAAACUCGCUUUAGUCCCCAACCAUCCCCUUUUGGAAACUUUCUCUUCUCAGGUUCAGCCUGAGAGAGCGUCUGGGUUCGCGUCACACACCCAAUCUCAACCUCCAUCCUUUCCCCCUCAACCCCGCGUCCCCUGGACCCAACUCUACGACCCGACACACCCCUCCGACAUCUUCUACCCCCUCCUUCUCUCCCUCUUAACCACCCCGCUGUACCCGCGCCACGCAUUCUUCGAAGUCGGCGACCUGGAGCAAGCCCUUCGCGUCGCAAGCACAGCACUUUCCUGUGAGACCCUCACCAAAGAGUUGGGGUAUGAAGUGGAGAUCUGGAGGGACGACCCAUCGUUGGGGUCGGAUGGGACGGGGGAAUGGGCUGAGAUGGGACAGGAGAGGGAGGAGUAUAGAGAGGUUGAUGUUAAGAGAGAAGGAGGGAGGGAGACGGGGAAGGUGAGGGUUAGGGGGGUUGGGGAGGGGAGGGGGGUUUAUUUGCGAAGAAAGGCGGAUAAAGAAGUAUGA